GCGAACACCUGUGGCUAGUCAAUUAAAAAAAAAUACGGCCGAAGAAAUUUCGCGGUGAGUCGCAACCACGUUUGUUUGAUAGCAUCGCAUCGAUCAAACGGAUACAAUUUUCGUUUCAUUCAUUAAAAUCAAAAGUGCCACUUGUAAGUAAAAAAAAAUAAACAGGACGUAAUCGACAACAAGUAUUUGAGUGCUGUUUCACUUUUUGUUGUGACCGCCGCAAUGCAACUGGUACCUUCAAUCCUUUUGCUGCUUGCCAGCAUUUAUUUGCAUUAUCAGGCUAGUUUAGAUGUUUUGGGGAAUUUCUUUCCACGAUUAAAACAAGGAUAUCAAAGACGAAGUUUGGACAAGAGGUCACCUGUAAGACGUACCGCAGAGACCCUUGCAAACAGUUUUGGAUAUUUGUGUGAAGCUCAUACUGUGAUCACGGAUGACGGAUAUAUUUUAACUGUACAUCGGAUUCGGAAAUUUCCACCCACAUCCGAUAAACAACAUUCAGUUGCUCUUCUUUUACCAGGAUUCAUGGCUUCGUCGGACUCGUGGCUAUUUCGAGGAAGCAACAAAGAUUUGCCGUACAUCUUCGCCGAUGCGGGUUACGACAUGUGGAUGUAUAAUCCACGAGGAAAUGUAUAUUCAAGAAAUCACGUAGUUUUGGACCCGGAUGUUGAUGAAAAGUUUUGGAAUUUUAGUUUUCAUGAAAUGGGAGUUUACGAUCUACCAGCUGUAAUAGACUAUAUAUUAAAAUUUACAAAAGAACAAAAAGUUUCCAUCACAGCACAUUCCAUGGGUGCAGCAAUUAGUUUUGUGACGUGUUCGUUGAAACCAGAAUAUAAUAAAAAGAUCAGCCUCAUUAUAGCUCUUGCUCCUGCUGCUGUCAUUAAUUUGGAGUCGCUCAAUAUGGCUACCAAGACACUCAUUCAUAUGGCCCCACUUUUAGAGAAAUUCCUGCGACACAGACGUUCUUUUGAGAUUUUUCCUCAACGAAAAUUAAAUGGUAAACUGGCGGAAUUGCUUUGUAGCGAUGAUUCUCCUUCCCAAGAACUCUGUUUAUCAUCAGUGUUUGAAGUAACAGGAAGAGAUUAUGAACAGUUUAACAGCACCAUGUUGCCGACAGCAUUUCAUUACUACCCAUCUGGUACAUCCCUUGGUACAGUAAUGCAUAUGGUAGAAGUAUUUCAGGGACAGUUUCAAUACGAUAGCAGUGGUAAGUCUAAGGAAAUGGAUGAAUACUCACAUGAUACCCCCUACAAUCUUUCAAAAGUGACUACCCCGGUGGCUAUUUUUUAUGGUAAAAAGGACCAGAUGGUCCAAAAGAAGGAUUUAGAAAGAUUGGCGAAACAAUUAGACCAGGUGGUGGGUCUUUAUAAAGUACCUCAUCAUUCGUUUAACCAUUUGGAUUUUAUGUGGGCAUCAGAUUCUGCUUUACUACUUUACACGCACCUUUUAAAUUUAAUGGAAAUGUACAAGUAGCGACCAACAAAUUGUUUAUGUAAAAAUUAGGAAAACAGUGUGAUACUACUUAGAAUAGUCUUUUUCUUCUUUUGACAAACAGGGUGAUAUUUAUGAAUUUUGCCAUCAUAAAUUUAGUUAAGUAGAUAGUAUGACGUAGUUACUGCUAAACGUGACCUGUAAAAUAUAAGCCAAAUA